UGAUCUAAGCCUUAACCUUUUCAGUCUCAAACCCAAGAAAAAGAAGAAAAUAAACAUGUCUUUUCUGAAAAGAGAAAAAAUGACAAGACCAACAAGGUGGAGUCCAGCCCCAGAACAACUCAUGUUCUUAGAAGAAAUGUAUAGGAAAGGUUUAAGAAAUCCAAAUGCUACUCAAAUACAAAAUAUUACUGCCCAUUUGUCUUCUUAUGGAAAGAUUGAAGGGAAAAAUGUGUUUUAUUGGUUUCAAAACCACAAAGCUAGAGAUAGACAGAAGCUUAAGAAAAAACUCCUUGCCCAAAUGAACCAACAACAAUUUUUUUCUCAAUAUCCUGUUGAUGCUCAUAGUACAACCACCACAAGCACCAACACAAACAACCUUUUUCACUGCCCUACUGAUCACUACUCUCAUAAUUCUUCAUCUGUUGUGAACCAAAUAUGCCCUAUUAGCUCUUCUGGACUUCUUCAAGAGGGUGGAAUCAAAGAUGAAUCAUCUCGAGUAAUGACUUACCUAUAUCCAAUGGAUAUUUCAAGACCAGUUGAGAAUAUUGAAAAUUGCAUGAUAAGACCAUAUGGAAAAGAUUGGGUUUUGAUGAUGAAUAUUAGUCCAAAUACUUUACCUUGUAUCAAUAAACCCCUCAAAACCCUACCACUUUUUCCUAUAACAGAAACCAAUGGCCUCAAGGAACAGAUCAGUACAAAAUCAGCUUCCACUUUAAGUCUUUCAUUUUCAAGUUAACUCUUUGGCUGAGUCACUUUAAUUUGCAUGAGCUCCAUGCAUACUAGUAAUAAGAUAUUUAUUAUACUAGACCACGAGCAGUAGAACUGUGUUUUUUGUUCUUUGUUCUUUCUUUGUAUCAUUAAAAGGGGAGCUUUUGUGUAGCUGGUAAAGUUGUUGUCAUGUGACCAGGAGGUCACGGGUUCGAGCUGUAGAAACAGUCUCUUGGAGAAAUGCAGGGUAAGACUGCGUACAAUAGACGCUUGGGGUCCGGCUCUUUCCUGAACCUCGCGCAUAAUAGGAGCUUAGUGCACCGGCGGCCCUUUUUGUACCAUUAGAAUUCUUUGGGAAAAAAAAACGUACGGUAUAGAAUAAUGUCUGCAGUUUAAUUGUUAUCAUCGUGUACCUUGUAAAGAGUUGAUGAAUGGAGUGUUAUUUAAUUGAUGGUUUCUGUUAAAA